UCGGAAAAGAUUCCACCCCAUGGACUUUAUUGCAAUUCUGGACAAGUGCGGAAACUAUGGGAAAUUCCAGGUUGUGAUCCUAUUGCUGUAUGGCUAUACGAAUAUUCUCGGAUCGCUGCACUAUUUCUCGCAGACUCUCAUCACCUUUACGCCCGAGCAUUGGUGUGCCCACGAAGAUCUCACGGGUUUUGGUGUGGAGGAGCUGCGCACGGUGUACUCGAAUGUCUCGCAACCAUCCUGCACGCUCCUCGAGGAUGUCAUUAAUGGCACGGGCAUUGCCUCGGAGCAUGGUGUCUGCACCGAUUGGAUAUUCAUACGGGAGAGCGGCUUCGAGAGCAUCACCACGGAGCUGAAUUGGGUCUGUGAUAAGUCCCACCAGCCCGCUCUGGGACAGUCCUUGUUCUUUAUGGGCUCCGUGGUGGGCACUUUGACCUUUGGCUUCCUGUCGGAUCACAUUGGUCGCCUGCCCUCCUUGCUGCUGGCUACCCUGUGCGGGGCGGCGGGUGACUUUAUGACCUCCUUUGUCUACACUUUGCACUGGUUUGCAGUCGCCAGAUUCGUUUCGGGUCUCUCCACGGAUACCAUGUACUAUCUGAUGUACAUCUUGGUCUUUGAGUACCUAAGUCCUAAAAGUCGUACCUUCGGCCUCAACAUCAUCCUGGCUGUUUUCUACUGCUUUGGACUGAUGACUUCGCCCUGGGCCGCCAUCUGGAUUGGCAACUGGCGUCGCUACCUCUGGCUGGCCUCGUUGCCCGCUCUGGGAGUCCUGGUAUAUCCCCUGCUCAUCUGCGAGAGCGCCCAGUGGCUGCUCACCAAAAAGAAGUACGACGAGGCGGUGGCCUGCCUCAAGCGAGUUGCCAAGUUCAAUGGCAGACAAGUGGAGGACUCCGCCUUCGAUGAGUUCGUGAAGUACUAUCGCGAGAAGACGAUCGAGGAGGAGAAGGUGAACAGCCAGGAGGACACUUUUCUGGGAAUGUUCAGGACCCCCCGCCUGCGUCGGUUUACACUGACUUUGCUGCUGAAGUCGGUCAUAAUCACGCUCUCCUGCGAUGUAAUAAACCGAAACAUGGAGGGUUUGGGCACGUCUCCCUUCAAGCUGUUCUCCUUCACAUCGAUCGCCUAUCUGCCCGCCGGAGUGGCCAUCCUCCUGCUGCAGAACAAGAUCGGACGCAAGGGCAUGGCCUGUACGGCUCUCCUUGCCGGUGGAAUCAUCACCACGGCAACGGGCUGCCUCAUAGCCUUUCUUGAUCCCCAGCAGAAUGCCGUCCUCCUGGCCAUCAUGGUGGCCCUGGGUCGCUUCGGAGCCACCGUCUCCUACGACGCGGAGAUCCAGUACGCGGCGGAGAUCCUCCCCACCAGCGUCCGGGGAAGAGCACUGUCCAACAUCCAUGUGGCGGGUCUGGCCUCCAGCUCCGUGGCAUUCUAUGUGAUCUACCUGGCGCAAUACUACAAGCCCCUGCCAUCGAUCUUCAUCAGCUGCUUGAUGUUCUUUGGCGCUGGCUUAUGCCUCACGUUGCCAGAGACAUUGGAUAAGAAACUUCCAGAGAACCUUGCGGAUGGUGAGAGCUUCGCCUUGAACGAAAGUUUCUUUUACUUUCCCUGCUUUCACAGAAGACAAAAACCCAAAGAAAAUGCUGUUGAUACUGCCUAAAAUAUAUCACAGAGCGAUGA